UCAAGUAAACUAAUCAUUCCAUCCUGGAGUACGAAGGAAGUUUGGUAAACAUGAUAAGUGGCUCCUACAACUGCACCACAUCUCGCCUCCCAACUUCCCCCGCAACGGUCGGUGUGGGUCCUACUCCGCCGCUGUCUCAGGGACCACCGGCGCCAUCAAUAGGACUCUGGAAGAAGAAGAAGAUGAAGCUUUCAGUUUCAAGAGCGAGUGCGUCGACGAAAGGUGCGGUGUACACAGAGGCUGAGGCUGAGGAGGAAGGUAAGCUCCAGCUCCAGAAAGGGAUUGCUGAGUUCUACGACGAAUCAUCGGGGUUGUGGGAGAACAUAUGGGGAGACCACAUGCACCACGGCUUCUACGACCCUAACGCCGCCUCUACCACCACCACCGAUUCCCUACUUUCCGAUCAUCGCUCCGCUCAGAUCCGUAUGAUCGAAGAGGCUCUCCGAUUCGCCGGUGUUCCAGAGAAUCCAAUGAAGAGACCUAAGAGUAUUGUUGAUGUUGGAUGUGGAGUUGGAGGCAGUUCUAGAUAUCUAGCUAGGAAAUAUGAGGCCCAAUGCCAAGGCAUCACCCUGAGCCCCGUCCAAGCCCAAAUGGCUGAAGGUCUUGCUGCUUCCCAAGGAUUAGUCAACAAGGUUUCCUUCCAAGUUGCAGAUGCUUUAAAUCAACCAUUUCCUGAUGCACAAUUUGAUCUGGUAUGGUCCAUGGAGAGUGGAGAACACAUGCUGACAAAGCAAAGGUUCUUUAAUGAGUUGGCUCGAGUAGCAGCACCUGGAGGUACGAUUAUAAUAGUAACUUGGUGCCAUAGGGACCUCUCCCCUUCUGAGGAAUCUUUGCGGCCGGAUGAGACGGCUCUAUUGAAGAAGAUUUGUGAUGCUUAUUAUCUUCCGGCCUGGUGUUCUACUUCUGAUUAUGUAAAAUUACUUCAAUCCCUCUCUCUUGAGGAUAUCAAGGCAGAGGAUUGGUCUGAGCAUGUUGCCCCAUUUUGGCCGGCUGUUAUAAGGUCAGCAUUGACAUGGAACGGCUUCAUAUCAUUGCUGCGAAGUGGAUGGAAAACCAUAAAAGGGGCGUUGGUGAUGCCAUUGAUGAUCCAAGGAUAUAGGAAGGGUUUAAUCAAGUUCGCUAUCAUCACAUGUCGAAAACUGAAUAAUUACGAAAAGAUAAAGAAAGAUGUGCGACAACAAAGAGGCAAGGAGACCAAUCAUGGAUGUUUUGGCUACCGUUACUCAGGUGGUAUGUAAUAAUUGUAGUCCUAUCACUUAAUUCUAUACUCAUCUCUUUGAACCUCGUAGAGGCCCACCGGAUUCUGGUAGACAUAAGGUCCGGUUUUGUAGUGAAUAAAAUUAAGACUUGAACGAUCAAAAUGAAACAUAGGUGUAUUUUUGUUCUUGUUGUGCUAGUAGUUAUCUCUCUUCUUGCUGCUCGAUUGAUCCACUAAGAGAUCAACAUCUCUCAUAUAUAAGUUUUAUUUGGUGGUUCCGGA